GGCAAAGAUGGCGGCGCUGGGAGGCGGCGGGACGCGAUGGCGGCGGGCCUGGCUGCCCGCCCUGCAGCUGCUCCGGCACGGCUCCAAGGCGGUGACGCGGCACUGGAAGGCCAUGCACUUCCAGCGGCAGAAGCUGCUGGCCCUGACCGAGUACCUGCGGCCGCGCCCGGCCGUGCCCCCGCGCUGCUUGCCCCGCCACAGCCCCGAGGAACAGCAGGAGGACGGCUACGCGCGGGUGCUGCAGCUCCAGCUGUCCCACCUUGUCCUGCUGUCCCCAAAUCCCACGUUCCCCGUCCCCAGGAGGACGGCUACGCGCGGGUGCUGCAGCGCCAGGUGGAGCAGACGCUGCGGGACAGCCGCAUGGUGGCCGUGUGCCAGUACAACUCCAUGCCGGACGAGGACGUGGCCACGCUCCGGCACUACCUGCGCAAGCACAACAUCCACGUCAAGUUCGUGCUCAACGAGGUUGUCCGGCCAGUGCUGGCGCAGUCCAAGUACAGGAAUCUCCUGCCGCUGUUUGUGUGCCGGAACAUCCUGCUGGUGAGCCCCGAGACGCGGGCCAGGGAGAUGCUGCGUGUGCUCAAGGGAGUGCCACAGGUCAACCUGCUGGGUGCCUGCAUCGACGACACGAUCCUGAGCCGGCAGGGAGUGGAGAACUUCGCCCGGCUGCCGUCCCUGGAGGUGUCCCAGGGACAGACGGUGGCAGCCCUGUCCCUGCUGAGCUCCCAGACCUCCUCCCUGCUCCAGCGGGGUCCUGCUCACCUCACGGCGCUCCUGGAUGAGCACAUCCGACAGCUGCGGGGCACGGGGGGAGCCACGGAGCCUCCCCCGGGCCAGAGCACUGGGAAUCACUGACACUGGAAAUUGGGAACCGCUUCCUUCCCUGGCUGUGGGACACGGGGAGCCCCCCCGGAUAAGGGAUUGCGGGAUCAUGGACACAAUUCCCAUGGAAUCAGCUCCAGAGAGAGGGGUCAGGGACUGGAGGUUUGACACUGAGGUUCCUAUGGCCCCCCCAGCCCUGACAAGGAGUGGUGGCUGUUCCCUUGUGCUCCCUUGGGAACAUCCCAGCAGCGUUCCGGCUGUGAUCAGGAAUCUCUGGGCUCACCCAGAGGAGGAGCAUGGGAUGGACCCUCUGGGGGGGCAGAUUUUGGGCACUCCAAGCCCCGUGCCUUCGGAAUGGGGGUGUGCUGUAACACUGAUCCCACCCGUGGCAUCGCUGUCAUGUCCAUUAAAGCAUCUGAGUGGAAAA